AUGCAUUGGCAUUCGUUUUUUUCUCGUCCUUCAAAGUGUAUUUUAAAGCAAAAAUUAUGGAAUAAAUUGAUACGAAGAUUAAGUGGAGAAUUAAUAAGAAAUGAGGGAAAAACAUGCAGAAUAGGCGAUUCCAUAUCGCGUAGGUCUGUAGGGACUCGGCCUAUUUAUCUUGACGCUCAAGCAACAACGCCGGUUGAUCCACGAGUACUUGAUGCUAUGUUACCAUAUUUUACAUAUUUGUAUGGUAAUAGUCAUUCGAGAACUCAUGCGUAUGGUUGGGAAACAGAUAAAGCAGUUCAGAAAGCACGUGAGCAUGUGGCAGACUUAAUUGGAGCAGAUCCAAAAGAAAUUUUUUUUACAUCAGGUGCUACGGAGUCAAAUAAUAUGAUUAUCAAGGGUGUAACUCAUUUUUAUCGUAGCACGAAACGGCAUAUCAUCACAGCACAGACAGAACAUAAAUGUGUCUUGGAUUCAUGUCGAGUUUUGCAAAAUGAAGGAUUUGAUGUAACGUAUUUGCCUGUGAACAAGUAUGGUUUGAUAAGUUUGGAGGAUUUAGAGCGUGCAAUUCGCCCAGAUACAGUUUUGGUUAGUAUUAUGAUGGUGAAUAACGAGAUUGGGGUGAUUCAGCCAAUUGAGGAGAUUGGGAAAAUUUGUAGAGAUAAGAAGGUUUUUUUUCAUUCAGAUGCUGCACAGGCAGUAGGAAAAAUACCAGUGAACGUAGACAAAUGUAAAAUCGAUUUAAUGAGUAUUUCGGGGCAUAAAAUGUACGGGCCAAAAGGAAUUGGUGCAUCAUAUGUUAGACGUCGACCACGUGUACGAAUUGAACCAUUAAUUAAUGGUGGAGGACAAGAACGGGGAUUGCGUAGUGGCACACUUGCAUCUCCGUUAAUUAUUGGCAUGGGAGAAGCUUGUCGGAUUGCAAAAGAAGAACUAGAGUAUGAUUAUGCACAUGUAAGUCGACUUUCGAAACGGCUAAUAAGUCAUCUUACACAACUUGAAUAUGUCUAUUUUAACGGAGAUCCAUUACGUCGUUAUCCUGGAUGCAUUAAUGCAUCUUUUGCUUAUAUCGAAGGCGAGUCUCUUUUAAUGGCAUUAAAAGAUAUCGCAUUAAGUAGCGGAAGCGCUUGUACAUCUGCGUCCCUUGAGCCAUCUUAUGUUAUUCGUAGUUUAGGAGUACCAGAUGAUAUAUCCCAUUCAUCAUUGCGUUUCGGAAUUGGAAGAUUUACAACCGACGCAGAAAUAGAUUAUAUUUGUAAUAUAAUAAAGGACAAGGUUAAAUUUUUGAGAGAAUUAAGUCCUCUCUGGGAAAUGGUACAAGAAGGAAUUGAUCCUUCUACAAUUAAAUGGUCGUACCAUUAACAAUAAAUUGAAAAAUAAUGUCAUUAUUUUAAACAAUAAAUAACAUCAAUGCUCUUGUAUUGUUGUAUAAAUCUAUUUAUAA